AACAAGAAGCUAUCGGCUGUUUUUAUGUUGUUGUCCUCGACAGUAUUCUCUAUUCCCCGUUAACGUACAGCCUUUAAACCCUGGAUUUUAACACGAAACGGACACUUUAUUUACCAUGGGUGCCGGACCGAGCACCGAGUCCGAAAGGGAGCCGCUUCUCGUCCCUUCUCAUGCGGAAACAAUAACAAACAGUGCCCCAGUAAACAGCCGAGUGUACGGCAGAAGAUGGCUGGUUCUGACCCUGUUCUCCCUGCUGGCUCUCAUGCAGGGGAUGGUCUGGAACUUCUGGGGUCCGAUCCAGAAUUCAGCCGUUCACGCUUUCGGCUUCAGCAAGUCUGACAUCGCGGUUCUGGUGCUGUGGGGCCCGGUGGGGUUUGUCCCCUGGCUGUUGUUUAUGUGGCUGAUGGAUAAAAGAGGUCUGCGGGCGUCCCUCCUCCUCUCGGCCUUCCUGAUGCUUUUGGGAGCGGCUCUGCGGAGCAUCCCUCUGACAGAACAGCCUCUCAGGAGAUGGUUGAUACACGGGGGCCAGUUGCUGAAUGGUUUGGCCGGCCCUACCAUAAUGAGCGCCGGCCCCUUCCUCUCCACCACAUGGUUCGCCCCGGACCAGAGAGCCACAGCGACGGCCGUGGCCUCCCUCUUCUCCUACCUGGGAGGCGCUGCUUCGUUUAUAAUCGGACCUCUGGUGGUCCCGGCCCCCAACAACACCCAGACGUUCACCUCUACGGUAUCAGUGGGAUACGAGAACUUCAUCCGAGAUAGGAUCCAGAUGAUUAUGUAUGCAGAGUUAGCUACGAUUGCUGUGCUCUUCGUGGCCGUCCUGAUUUAUUUCCCGGCCCGUCCACCCGUCCCUCCCAGUGUGGCGGCUGCGAGCCAGAGACUCAGUUACAGGAGCAGCAUCUGCAGACUUCUGAGUAACGUGCGCUUCCUGAUGAUAGCGCUGGCCUAUGCGGUCCCCACAGGAGUGAUCGCCGGCUGGACAGGAGUCCUGGACAUGGUGCUUACACCCGCUAAAAUCAGCCAGGUGGACGCCGGUUGGAUUGGUUUCUGGUCGACUGUCGGUGGAUGCGUGUUUGGAGUGGCAAUGGCCAGGUUUGCAGACUCCAUUCGGGGGAUGCUGAAGCUGAUCCUGGUGCUGAUGCUGGCAGGAGCCUCUCUGUCCUCCACCUGGUUCACUCUCACCUGUCUGAGCUCAUUCACUCACCUCCCCUCCACCGCAGCCAUCCUUUACACUUCCUGCAUCCUGGUGGGCAUUUUCAUUAACAGCAGCGUGCCAAUAUUCUUCGAGCUCUUCAUCGAGACUGUGUACCCGGUCCCUGAAGGCAUCACCUGCGGACUGGUCACCUUCCUCGGGAACCUGGUCACCGGCCUGCUGCUAUUCUUCCUCACCUUUUACUGUACAGACCUGUCGUGGUUGAACUGGUGUCUGACCGGCUCGUGUCUCCUCAGCCGCGUCCUCGAUCUCUUCUUCAGGGAGUCGUACGACCGCCUUACCUGGACGUCCUUCGUCUUCCGUGUGACACUUGCUGAGGACAACAACAACAACAACAACAACAAACAAUCAACAAACAAACACUUCAGGGACUAAAUAAUUAAUCUUGCACAAAGAGGAGGCGAAGGGAAAGUGGAAACCCCCACACUCUUAUUUUAGAUUUUAGGACGUAAAUGUAUAUAUUGCUAACAGUGGUGAUGGAUUGUUUACUCUUUUACGUCUCGAUGCCAUGUGACUGUUUAACACAUCAUUACCUGUUUUGUUUGUUUCUAUGUUUGUGUGUAAACAAACGGAUUAAUUUUCCUAACCAGGCGCAGCAUGACGAACUGUUAGAGGUCGUUGUUUACAGAUCAUGUGAUAUUUCCUUCAUUGUGUUUUCGAGCCACUUGACGCUGACAAACACAACAAGCUUCUGACUCCAGAUCAGCAUCGAGUGUCAACCCCUAACGAGGAAGUAAAGCUUCAUCAGCCAAUCAGCAGGCCUGGAUUUGUGCUGAGUCGGGGCUAAACGGGCGACCUCCUGCUGUUUUAGCGCUGCUCCAAACCUCUGAGACUGUCAUUGAGAGGCAGGUACUUGUAUCAUGUUGUGUGGCCCUCUCUAGAUGAAUAUUAUGCAAAAAUGAUUGACCAAAUUGAUGACUGGAUGCUGGCCAAGGAAAGGAGAAAUAUUCUGAACUGUUACACCUUCACAUUUCUGAAGUUGUUAAGUCUAUUUAUGGAUAAUCGUGUCAAUUUUUGGGGAGAUUUGCUUUUAAAUCGAACUUUUUUCUUUGACAGUCUUUUUAAACGUUGUACUCGUUGUAUCUUGCCAGUAUUUAUUGGAAAUGUCUCAACACUAACACAGUCGCUGAAACGGGAUGUUUGGUGACGAUUUAAUCCUAAAGGAAAUCACUUUAUUAAACAGGCGUGAGGAUUACGUGGUAAUUGCCGAGCUGCUCCUCCUCCACCUCCUCCCCCUCCUCCAAAGCACCAGCAGGUGUCUCCGAUGAGAGUCGACUGACAACGAAACCUGAAGGGAGAAAGGAAGUCUCUUUUUUCUUGGAUUCCUCGACUGACAAAACUGGAGCUGUGACAAAAACCAGUUCCAGACGAAAAACCACAAAGAAACACAUGAAGGCGAAUUCAAAACUGACUCUAACAUGUCCAUAGUUUGUCUUUGUCUCGUUCAGCAGCUAUAGGACGUGUUUACCGUGUGUCCCUCGGGGUCCUUAACGUCUUCCCUGGUGCUUGUUUUCUAUUUUUUACUCUCCUUGUACAGAAAAAGGUUGUCUUUGUACCUUUUUUGACAUGUUGCCUUAAUUGCCUAGUGCUGUGCGUUCAGCCCCCCCCCCUCUCUCUCUACCACACUGUGACUCUUUUAUCUGUAUAUAUUGUUAAAGGUCAUGUACUUGUGUCCUGCAAGCACUCUCUCUGUGGUUAUAAAUGUCCUUGUUCUGUGAAAAAGGAAAAAGAACAAAUGUGACUGUUGAAUAUUUCCAGCACCUUAUUCAAAUAAACAUUUUAAGAUUAA